GAUAAGCCAACGUUCGAAGACGGCGACGCAUUUCCGUCUGUAGCCUCGUUUUAUGUUGGUUUUGGAUCUCAUUGAGCGUUGACAUUUUUGCCGAGGCGUGGCGCGAACUUGAAUUAUACCUAUUUGUUUCAUCUCAUUUUACUUUUGGACCCUUGUAUCUCAUGACAGCUGAUUGAGAAAGUCUACACUUGGUAGACCCGGGAUUGGACGCAGCGAAGAAAAAACUUUUGCCUUGGCUUACUGGAAGCAAGUCACCAUGUUUGAGGUACCUGAUGCGAAGAGAGUUCGUCGAGAAGACCUGAACGCAUCGGAGGAGUCUUCAUGGAGUGAGAGCGAAGCAGAUGCCGAGCUGGAGGCACGGCUCAAUGCGCAAAUCGCCAAAUCUCUUGGCCUAGAUGAGAGUGCCUUUCGUGCACCGAAGCCGCAGACUAUUUCGCUGCCAAUUGUCACAAAACCCAAGGUUGACGAAAAGAAGAAAGAUGAUGAUGAGCUCAGUUCUGAUGAAGAAAGCGAGCCAAAGACGCCAGCCGAGGGCUCUCCAGCCAAAGAAGGCGGCGAAGACGACGAUGAGGUCUACGCUUUCCGACUCUUCAGCGCGGCUGGUCCGGCGCCGCAGGUUGUUCUUGAAAACACGAACAGAGUGGUAGAAGGCAAAAUGCUCAGAGGCCGGCCGUUAUCAUACUACCUGGUGACGGAUUUGUCGCCCGAGAAGAAGCAGCAAUACGAGAUGGCAGCCGUGAGCGGCGAAGACGUCAUUGAGCGAUCAAAGGUGAGGGCGUGGGGCCUUGAGCUCCCCUGGAGAGUUCAAACCAUCAAAGCAACCCGGAAAAUUGUUAGCAAACGAGGGGGAGGAGCAGAAACCGUGGCUCAUGUUGAGGAUGACCAGCCAGCGAAGAGGAAACGGCCGGGGAAGAAGCGUCGGACCGCGAUGAGGAUCAAGGCGAGGGCAAAGGCGCAGGCUGAGGAGGUGGCGAAGCAGAAGAUGGCUGAGAAGGAGGAGAAUAUAAAGGACAAGAAGAAGAGGCUGAAUCGACUGAAGAAGUUACGAAGACGGGCGAAGAAGAAGACUGAGAAAGGGGGAGGGGGUGAGGCUGGUGGUGAAUCGGAUGAGGAUAUAUCUGAUGAAGAGUAGGAGGAGCGAAUUACUUUGUAUAUAUGAUGCACAUAAGAAGAAAUGGUACAUAUUUUCAAUUGCUUAGAAUAUAUUCUAUUUGACGCUG